AUGGUGUUGGCAGCCGUACUGUCUAUGCUACGUUAUGUAGCGGGGUCAGAUGAUCGAGAUUUUGUUGACAGACUUCAUUCCUACUUCACUUGUAAUAUUCUCAUCGGAUUAUCUGUUCUAGUUAGCUUCAAGCAAUUCGGUGGUAAACCUAUAGAAUGUUUGGUGCCUGAUACUUUCACUAGCUCUUGGGAGCAGUAUGCAGAAAAUUACUGCUGGUCGCAGGAUACGUAUUUUAUCCCUAUGGGCCAGGCAGUGGCAGGGUUAGAUGGGGCUUACAAAAGACAGCGAAAGAUCAGUUAUUAUCAGUGGGUUCCUUUUUUCCUUCUGAUUUCCGCUGCAUGUUUCCGACUGCCCAGCUUGAUUUGGAAGUACAUGGCUGGACAUUCAGGGAUAAAAAUUCAUGAAGUUGUUCGCUUGUCUUCCGAUCCCAACAAUAUCAAACCAGACAUUAAGAGAGCGAAUAUCAAGUCGUUAACAGUACAUCUGCAGGGAGCUUUGAGGUUCCAUCGUCGUCUACACAGAAAGCAAAUUCGUCCACAUAAAUUCUUCUGGUUAUUCAAUUUACCUUAUUCUGCAUUUUUUGUAACGUCUAUGUAUCUGUUUACCAAGUUCUUUUACUUAGCUAAUGUAUGUUUACAACUUCUACUGAUGAACAAGUUCUUAGAAACUGACAAGUAUUAUAUGUACGGAUUAGGAGCUGUUUGGGAUCUAGUCAACGGUACAACUUGGCAGCAAUCUGGUGUUUUCCCCCGUGUCUCUUUAUGUGAUUUUGAUGUUCGUGUUAUGGGUAACGUUCAAGAGCAUACAAUACAAUGCGUGUUAGUUAUAAAUAUAUUCAAUGAGAAGAUAUUCAUCUUUCUUUGGUUCUGGUACCUCAUGCUUGUGGUAUUCACCGCCGGAUCAUUCUUGUAUUGGUUAUUCGUAUCUUUGAUUCCAUAUCCUAACCAACGGUUCAUCAAUAGGCAUUUGGAAAUGAGCGAAAUGCCUUUCGAUCCUAUUGAAUCUGCUGGAGAUGUUGAGAAGUUUAUCGACAGUUUUCUUAAAACAGAUGGCGUUUUUGUAAUACGGAUGCUUACUUUACAAUCAGGAGUUAUUUUUGGAACAGACCUGGUUCAAGCACUGUGGGUUUCUUUCUUCGGAAUAGAAAAUAAGUUAAAACGCUCCAACUCCUUACCGGGAAUUCAAGAACAACAACCAGUUUAUUGGCCUCCACCACCCCUUUCCGUUGCUGAACAAGCAAAACGAAACCAAGAUGAGAAUGCGCUGAGAAUGAGGAAAGCUCUUGGAGCAAACAUAGAAAACAGCAUGAUGGCUCAAGACCUUCUUGAGAAAAUGACGUACAUACCGAAACAACAACAACAAGCCCGAGUUUUGAUGAUGCGUAAGCGCGAAAUGGAGGAUGAGUUGUACGGGGCAGUGGUGAAACCUGACGUGAACGAUGAAGAACACCAAUCUCUUUUGGAUAAAGACACUGAAGUCUGA